AUGGAUUGUUUUGCUUGCAAAAAACUCUCCGAAAGAGAAGAUGGACUCGUCUGUGUGGCUUGUACUCGCAGCCUCAUGAAUCCGCUACGAAUUGAACUCACUAAAGUUCUCCUCGAAAAGGAACAGUUGGAGAAGAAGGUCAACCAUAUCCUCGACCCAGAGAAUCAUCCAGCUCCAGAUGAGGAGAUCAAGCGCCUUGGAAUCUCCUACCAAGAAAAUCAUCUGCGCGAAGUCGAGGCUGAGGAGCUCCGCGCGCAAGAAGAGAAGGUUCGAGAACUGCUUGCAGUAAAGCAAAAGGAACUUGUGGGCUUGAGAGCCAGACGCGAUGCCCUGGAAAGCAGCAAUGCUAAACGUCAAGGUGACCUUGCGAAGGCCAAGAAGGAAGCCAAAGUGAAGGAGAAGCAACAAGUGAAGGAAGCCAAGGAGAAAGAGAAGGAGGCAAAAGCAAAGGCCGAGGCGUUGCAUAACAAGACAAUUGAGGCCAAGGCCACUCUUUGUCGUGAGGUUGCUUCACUCAUGAGACUCCGACAGGGCAAGAAGAAGAUGAAAGAUGGCACCAUCAAGGAACACUACUUUGUGUCCGGUCUCGUUUUGCCCGACCUUCGCCAGAUCAACAACAUGCGAUGCACUGAUUUGACCGCAGUUCUUGGAAACACUGCCUUCAUUGUCUAUCUCUGUUCUUACUACAUCGGUAUCAAGCUUCCAUCGGAGAUCACAGUCCCACACCGAGAUUACCCCCUGACGACGAUCAUGACCCCAGCACAGUCGUAUUUUGGUCAGAACAUCCCAUUUCCUGGCUUUGGCUCUGCUCUCGGCAGUGCACCUGCCAGCCCAAGCACCAGUCGAUCUGAUGGGGCAUCUAUACCACGAUCUCGACCUUUGUUCAUCGGAUCUGACGACCAUAAUGAAAGCGUCGCACAGUUCGCCAAGAAAGAUCCAGUUGCUUUCAGCUUUUUCCUGGAGGGGAUCGCGCUUCUUGCUUACAACAUUGCAUGGUUUUCUCGAAGCCAAGGCUUCCUCCAAGGGACUAAUUCAUGGGAAGAUAUCUGUGACAUGGGGCGCAUUUUAUAUGAGAUGCUUGUUGCACCUUCGCAUUCACCAGCCAUCAUGCGGGUCAUGUCUCAACGAGAUGUUCAUGAUCGUCGCCCUAGCAAAGCUUCCGGAUCUGGUGCACACGACUCUGGCAGUAACUCGACUAGUCGUCUCGGCGCAGGGUCACAUGAUUCGAUGCAUGACUUUUUCCCUCGAUCAGCAUACUCCAGCGCGACUCGCAACUGGCGUUUCAACAAUUACAACAUGCUUGCGGAUCCUUUGAAGAAGCAUCUCUUGAACGAAAUGAACAACGCGGAGUGGGAGGUUUUAAACCAAGAUGAAUGGGACGACGGCGGAGAGAAGAUGGAUGAGGCUGUGUUCAUCAAAACCCGGGCUAUGGAUGGAGCAACGUACGAUGACGCACGCAGCAUCAUGACCACCACCAUGAACAAGAUGGCUGGUAUGGAAAUUGGAAGCGAUGAGAGUCGUGAUAAGGGCAAAGGCAAGAGUGGCUGGACCAAGGUUAAGAGCCGUGAGAAGCCAUGA